AUUUAUUUCACAUUAUGAGUCAUUCCCAUAUAACUUGUUCUGCACGUGAAGUUGAUUAAGAUUUCGUUCCAAACUCCAAACUGAAAAGCAAAACAGCAAGCAAAUACCUAAAAACGGAUAACGACACUGUAUCAAUUUCUGCUUGAACAUGGGGCAAAUCAGCACUCAGUCUAAACUAUGUUUCCCUUCCCCCAAGUGCGACAUGCGGCAAAUCUGCACUAAACAGCAGAGGCGAAAAUCCCUCGGACGCGGCCUGGUCUAUGCGGCAAACCAGUUCUCAGGUGACGAUAAUUUUUCUUGUUCACCAUGAAGUAAAACAAUCAGAUACUCGAUCAUGGAGAAUACUCAAGAGUCACUUGACGAAAGAAGACGACGACUUCUAGAAGAACUUCAGCUUCUAGACCAACAAAUAGCAGAAAGCUCAGGAUUCCAGCAGCAGCCAGCACCAAAACAAGAUAUUCCAGAAACUGAAAGUACACAGCAGGCGCCACAAGAAAAUAUAGAGGUGAAUAAUGAAAAUCAGCAGUUGCAAUCAAACACCAGUCCACAGGCGGAUCAAAUCUCUUCAAACGAACCAGAAACAGAUGUUCAACCAACGGUUUCUUCAAAUUUUUGUUUUUAUGAAAAAAGAAAGGGAGUAGUAGAUCUCGGCAGAGGGUACGAAUACCUGACAUGCGCACUCUAUGCUCUGAAGUUCGGUUUAGACGAAAAUGUUUCUGAUUUCCGCAUGACCACCAAUAAUAAGAAAUGUGGCGAUUUUGAUGACAUCGAAAUUGAAGCGACUUUUAAAAAUGGUAAACGGUCGACUUUUCUUUUCCAAUUAAAGCAUAAAUUUAACAAGGACUACAUUACCGAAGGUUUGUUGACAAACGAAAACAUCCACAAAAAUAAGAAACAACAAAAGAGUAAAUUCUAUUUACCUCAUUAUUUACAAUCUAUUUCCAAUUUUGAGAAACAGGAUGAAGAUCUUCACUUUAUUCUCUAUACAAACAGCCAAACCGCCAUUCGAGACGGCUCUGUGUUAUCUUUUAACAAAAAGUACACAUCGUUGUUAGUAGAAGAUUGUAGCAACCUGGAAUACAAAGAAUUAUUGGUAAAUUCUGACGACGAUAAGAAUAAAAUCUUUAAGGUGAAACCAAACGGUGACUCUGAAACAGAAGAACUGAAAAGCGUGGCGAACGUCUGCAGCAAGUUCUAUUUUUUCACAAAUCAGGAUGAUGUUGAAAGCGUAAAAGGAAGCCUUAAAGUAAAGCUCGACAAUUUGCUACAAAGUCAAUACGACAUUUUGGACCCUUUCUUACAAUUUAUGGAAUAUUGGUGGUCGGAAAAUUUUGUUUUAACAAAACACUUAUUGUUAGUCAAGUUAACCGAACUAGCACUAUCACCUUACAUAAAAACAUUAACUGGGAAGAGAACUAGUGAGAAAACCGAUUUGCUAAAACAAGCGAUAAUGGAUUUCGAGAUGACGAUUGUCGGUAAAAAUCAAGAAGAUAUAGUUGUCAAUAUGUGGAAAGAAGUCGAAGAAAAUAACGACUGUAACACAUCCCCUCUGGAUCAAUACGCACAGCAACGUAAAACUGAAUUAAGCAGCGUACAAAAGGCAAAAAUUUUAUGGCAUUGGGGAAAAAUCCCUCUUAUUAUUACGGUUGAUAAAUCUAACGCGAAUGUAGUAAAACGAGUGAUGAAACUUUUGCACAAAUCCUUACAAAAUAAAAAAGUUCUUUUGUUGACUGACGAUUCAAACUACCAGUUUCACGGUUGGUCUAUUUUUAAAACUUUAUCUGACAUAAUCGAAAAUCACCCAAACGAAGAAUAUUGUUCCAAUAUUAAAAAUAAAUUUAAUGUUUCUCUGCAAGGCAGAAACUAUAUUCCUUUAAGCCAUUUAUUGCAGACUGACUUAAAUAUUGCUAGGCACGUCAGAACUGAAGAUCUAUUUGUCAUGUCUCAAUGCCAAUAUAUGUUAAUUGGUAAACAAGUGGAAGAACCACCCGAUCUAUAUAUCCCGAGAACUGUGUAUGCAAAUUUUAUCAAUAUUCAAGACAUUUUUAAACUUGCAGGCUUAAUGAGAAGUAACGCAAUUAUUAUUAACUGCGAUAAAAGUUUUACUAAUAUGUUGGUUAAAUAUUUUGAAGUCAUCGAAUUAUCUGAUUACUUAUCUACAGAAAUUGUAAAGUUGAAUAACAAUUGUAUUUUUGUUUCUACGGAAAGUAAAUGUGGUGAUAACAAAUUUGAUGAAUUUUGUGACAAAUCUAAAAAACAGAACGUUUAUUUGUUACAAGUAGUCGACCAAGAGUACUGCACUUUAAUAAGAAGAAAAGGAAAACAAGCCCCAUUUCACUUUACACGAAAAUAUACAGAAGAAGCUAAUAUAUUUGCCAGUUUUAAAGACCUGUUAAAUGUUUUUUGUGCACCCCCAGGUAUGGGAAAAACAAGUUUAUUCAAAAUUUUAAAUUACAAUUGUCCACGUGAUUGUUGGGCAAUUAAUAUUGAUUUGAUUAACUACAAUUCGGUUUUUGCAAAAGGGUCAAAUCUCCGAGAGUUGUUACAUUAUUUUGUCGAAGUGAAGGAUAGUCAAGAUGACCUGCUUACAAAACACAUUAUAAGUACUUUGUUAAGGAACAAAAAAAUCCAUGUAUUUUUUGAUGGAUUAGACGAAGUGCAUAGCAAUUACGUUAAAUUGGUCAUGGACUGCAUACAGCACUUAUUCGCAGAAGGUGUCAAUGUUUGGGUUACUUCAAGAGAAAACUUGCGCGAACAACUGUCCCAAACGUUAAAUAUUGUGCCAAUCGAAAUAGAAGAAAUAAGACGAAACGAACAAAAAAGUUACAUCUACGAUAGGUUGAUCGGCAAAUACCAACCUGAAGAAAUACAAAAAAUCUCAACUGCAAUGUCUAACAGUGUUGAUCUUAACAGAAGUCAAGCAUUGUUGGGAAUUCCGCUGCAACUCUAUAUAAUAACAGAAAUGUUUCUCAACAAUAAACAAUUAUACGAAGACUUGAUGCAAGAAGGUUUAUUUGUAUUAACUAAGAUGUACCGCAUGUUUUUCGACGGAAAAAUAGAAUCCUGUUAUAAGAAAGUUAUAGGCGGCAAUCAAGAACAUCAACUAGGAGUUAUCCGACUUCUUUUAAAGCAGUAUGAACUUGUAUCUGUUAAAACAUGUCUCGACUCCUCAGAUUUUGAGAAAUUGACGUUAAAUACCCAAGAGUCUCAAGAGUUUAUCGAUGAGUUAAAAAGUAACGGUGACAAAUACGGAAUAAUUAAAAAUAUCAACGAAUAUGAAGAAGUUGUAUUUAAUCACCAAACGUACGCAGAAUAUUUCGCUUCGGUUUGGUUCAAGAAACAUCAAGACAAAGUCAGAUUGCUUGGAGGAAACUUUUUUUCUAUAAGGUACGAAAAUUUGCGAAUCAUGUUUAAUGUAAUGAUGGCCGAAAAGAACCCAUUGCAUCUGGCCGUAAUUUAUAAGGAUAUCCACCAGUGUGAAAAACAAAUUGAAAACGUUGGUACUAAAGACGAAGCUGGUCGUAACGCUUUACACAUCGCAUGUUCUUAUGGAAUGAAUUAUCCUGAAGAUAAAGAAAGGAUAAAUCGCGAAUCUACAACAUAUACAAAAAUUAUAGCAAUGCUUUUCGGAAAACCAGAAAUCAAAUUCAAAAUAGCCGAACGCGACGAUUUAUUUAAUUUCGACUGUCUGGAAUAUGCGUUAGCAUCGAAAUGUUUGUAUGUGAUAGAAACAUUGUUUGAAAAGUCAUUAUUAACUUUUCAGGGGUUGCAAACUUCAGUUUUUCAGUUUUAUGAUGAAAAAGCGUUGGCCUAUUACGCGGCACAGAUGGGUUACUUUAAUUUGUUUUUUGAUAUUACCACAUCCAAUCCGAACAUUAACAAAAAACAAAUCCAUCGUUUAUUGUGCACUGCAGUUUUAGGCGCUGAAGAUGAUGUCGGUACAAUAGAAACGCCGAGAGAAGGAAAUAUAAAAAUUGUUGAAUUACUAAUAAAAGGUGAUGUAUAUUUAAACAAAAUAUACAUGGAAACAACUAUUCUGGAUGACGCAUAUGAUGAUAAACUAGUGGACAUGUGGCAGGUUUUAACAGAAAAUGGUGCAAAGUCUGCCGACGGCGAUACCAUUUUACAUAAAUUAUUGGACGAUGAAGAUGACAUUGAAGCAAACGAAGAAUUUAUAAUAUAUUUGUUAGACAACUGGAACGUGAAUGUAAACGUACGAAAUAUACAAUGUUUGACUCUACUAGAUAAAGCAUGUGAGAAAGGUAGACAUGAAAUUGUAAAGAAACUGUUUGAAAAGGGAGCUGAUGCAAAAAUUUUAGCCUGGUUUAUCCUUAACUUGUUAGAUUAUGCUAAGGUAAAAGGUCAAGCUGUUGAAACAAUGAUGGACAUCCUGAUAAAUCAUGGUGUCGACAUCAAUGAGAAAAAUGUUUUUAGAUUUUCACUCUUAGACAGAGCAUGUGAGGAGGGUAAUAUUGAACUAGUAGCAGCAGUACUUAACAAAGGUAUAAAUGUAAAUAAUUUGAACCGAUGUUAUUUUCAUGGCAACGCAUUACAUGUCGCAUUAUCAGCAGAAGACGAAAAUGUUGAAAUAAUGGAAUUACUGUUACAGAGUGGUAUAGAUAUCAAUUUACAGAACAAAAAAGGACAAACACCCCUUCAUAUCGCUUGCCAAACUUGUAAAUAUCAUUCUACACAAUUACUACUUACAAAUGGGGCUGAGAUUAAUACCGUGGAUGUCAAGAACAAAAACGCACUACAUUAUGCGGCAAAAAAUUGGGAAGAAAACAGAGAAAUUAUAUUUUUACUGAUUGAGAAUGGAAUCGACGGUAAUUGUGAAAGUAAUGAUGGAUCAGUAGCUCUACAACUUGCAAGAGAAAAUAACGAUAAUGAAAUCGUUGAAAAACUACUUCAAAAUGACUCGGUUGUAAAUCUGGAUAAAAACAACCGAUCAUCUGGACAUACCUUCGAGGAAAGAUCUGAUAUUUAUAGCGUUGUGAAUUCGAAUCUGUCCAGUGUGUUCCAUUUGGAAAGAGGGAAGCUUCAACAUACCUACGAAACAAAUGCAAAUUUGAACAAUAUUGUUUACCCAAAUGAUCUAGUGAUAAUAUUCAAUCGACAGAGUAAGUACUUUUAUCUAGAUUUGGAAAACACAAUACUUCUUGGUGAAGUCGGUUUUGAUGCUGAUCGACAAGGAAUUACUGCAUUACAAAUCGCCUGUUAUGAAGGAGAUUUCGAAAUGGCAGAGUCGUUGAUGAAAGUAGGUGCAAAAGCGAAAGUCGUGGAUAAUGACGGUAAUACGGCAUUACACUACGCUUCUGUUUCAAAUGAAGAUAAUGAAGAAAUAAUACUGCUUCUUAUAAUUGAUGGGGUUGAUGUAAAUGCUCAGAAUAAAUAUGGACAGACUCCUCUACAACUUGCAUUUUUGCGAGGUCAUUCUAAUAACAUAUUAGAGUUAUUUACGUGUGGAGCAAAAUUUGAUAUUGAAGAUAAAAAAAAUAAUACUCUCCAUUAUGCAUUAGUGGACCGAGAUGAUGUUGAGAACAUCAUAUUAAGCUUGUGGACUGAUGACCGUCUUGACAUUAAUUGUCAGAAUCAGUAUGGAAUAACACCAUUACAUAUUGCAUGUGAAUGUAGUGAACCAUAUGUCGCUGCAAUGUUAACACACUUUGGAGCGAAUGCUUCUGUUUUAGACAGCAAUAAAAACAAUGUUUUGCACUACCUUAUGCGAUCUGAAGGUGAUGAGGACGAUUUACACAUGAUGUUAGUGGUAUUUUUAGAUUUAAACAUUUUUGACAUUAACACCCAAAACAUCUACGGGACAACAGCCUUACAUCUUGCUUGCCAAUACUGUCACUACAAACUUGCUAAAGUGUUACUGUUAGAGGAAGCUAAAGUUGAUAUUUUAGACAACGACAACAACAGUGCAUUACAUUACGCAAGUUAUUCGAAUAAAAGCAAUGAAAAACUGAUACGUCUUUUAUUACGACGGGGUCUAAAUAUUAAUGUACCAAAUAAAAACGGAGUAUCACCAUUACAUCUUGCUUGCAACUGUGGCAAUUUAGAAACUGCACAAAUUCUACUAGCAAACGGAGCUAACAUCAACGACGUUGACUAUAACGGAAAUAACGCACUACACUAUGCAUCAAGUUCGACUGAUACAAAUACAAAUCUGAUAACAUUGUUACUAGUUAAUGGCUUAAAUGUAAACUGCGUGAAUAAAUACGGUGCCUCCCCAUUACAUUUUGCACGUAAAAGUGAUAACAUAGACGUACUGUUGAAGGCAGGUGCUCAACUGCAAUCGUUAGAUAACAAUAACAAUAACAUUUUGCAUUACGUUUCAAGAACGACAGAUAAAGUUAUAGAGUUAUUAAACUAUUUAUUAUCUGCAGCAGACUUUAACGUAAACGCUCAAAAUAACUGUGGAACGACUCCAUUGCAACUGGCAUGCAGAAGUGGUAACUUUUUGUUCGUCAAAGAAUUAUACGAACAUGGAGCUGAAUUAAAUAUUUUAGAUAAUGACAAGAAAAGUGCACUCCAUUAUGCUUUGGAAUCUUCAGAACAGAAUAAUAAUUUAAUUAAUUACUUAAUUUAUAACGGUAUUGAUGUCAACGUUCAAGACGAUCACGGAAAAACACCACUGGAACUUGCAUGUUCAACAAAUAAUUAUCAGGUUGUCGAAACGCUGGUCGAAUUUGGUGCUGGUGCAGAAAUGUCUUGAAAUUUAUACAGCUUCGUUUAAGUUAUGCUUCAAAUUAUGUAGAACACUUAAGUAGAUGAACAAAAUUAGUUGUAUGUUUAAACGUUAAGCAUAUAUUUUAAUUUCGCUCUUUUUACUUAUAUGGUUGAAAAAAUUGUAGCAACAGACGGUUUUAUUUAUUUUUUUUUAAUUUUAGCCUCACACUUUUAAAAAACUUUAAAUAAUUUAAAAAUACUCAUGCGCAGAGAAAUUUGACAGCUAGAACCUUAGAACCAAAAAUAUAUAGUCAUUGCACGGUUUUGUUUUUUUUUACGUUGUUGCCUACAGAUAAACUUUAUUAAAUAUUAACAUAGUGCCAUCUUUUUAGAACAUUUCUUCCUUUAGGUGAUAUUUCCUUCUCUUGCCGAGGUAUCUACCCAUACAAUUUAAUUUUAUCCAUUCGAUAAAAUUAGCAGUUUCCAUAAAAUUUGUUUUUAUUCACUUGUGUCCUAAAUAUCUACUUUCGCAAUUGGUUUGUAAUCACGUUUGGUGCCUAUGCUUUUUGUAGAAGUACCCUGCAUAAUUUGGAUCCGGUACUCACUUCUGUCUCACUUUUGUCACACAUGUCAUUGAUUUUUUAAUCAUAAAUAUGUUUUUCAUCUAAGAGUAGAAUACUAGGAGUGUUUAAUAGCUUAAGUUUGAAGUGUUCUAAAUAUUCUUGAGAAAUGAAUUUUUAUAAGAUGUUAACAAAACUUUCAUUACUUAACUUUUACAAAGUGAGCAACAAAUAUUUAUGCACUUAUCUGAAGCUUUUACAACAGUGAGGACACAUUGUAUUAAUAGAACGUCCUCAUAGCAAACAUUUAUAGAUUUAUUUGUUACAUAUGUAUCUAUAUAAAAUACUGUAUUUUUCUAUAGUAGAACUGUGUUAACGUUCGUAAGUGUACAUUUUUUAAUAAUAUUAAUAAAUUGUGACUCGAGUCUUAUAAUGACAACAAAUUUUAUUAUCUUAUAUAUGAUUUAAGUAACUUGCAGUUUAUUUUUGUUUU